UUUCGUUAGGGGAGGUACUAUGGACUUUGCUGAACUAAAGAUGUCGAUACUAUGCCUGGUAUUUUUAUUCGCAGUAGUCACGGCUACUCCAAAAGUUCACGAAGAUGAUGGAGGUAAAGAAGCAGAUCAUGGUGAUUCCCAUGGACAUGCCCAUUCCUAUCAUCACUUUUCCGGACCAGUAGUAGGUCAUCACGAAGAAAUAACAUGGAAAGACAAACAUGGUGACCAUUACCAUGAUUAUCGUGCUCAUCCUAAAUACAAAUUCUCUUACGGAGUUGUAGAUCAUCAUACAAAGGAUCAUCACGAUCAAAGCGAGCAUCGAGACGGAAAAAAAGUUGAAGGAGAGUACCAACUUCACGAACCAGGUGGUAACGUAAGGGUUGUCAAGUAUCAUGCUGAUCCACAUGGUGGAUUUUUCGCUGAAGUUCAUAAUAUUGGUGGAAACGAUCAUUCUGGUGGACACAAGCAUGGAUAA